AUGGCCCUGGCGUUGGGCCGCGGCGUGCCACCGAAGGUACUAGCGCCAACCUCAACUGGACAGGCCUUUGCUCCUCGCACGGCGCGAAGAUCAGAACUCAGAGAGGCUGAGAUGGCGAGCCGGCGCUUUGUUGCGGGCCUGCUCAGCUUCGCCCUGGCCAGCUUCAGCCACAGGGCCAGCGCAGCGUCUGGGCCUUUGCCCAAGGAGGACGAAGUGGUGAACGUAAUCGACGGAGACACUGUCAAGCUCGAAUUUGCUGGCCGCUGCCGCCUCAUCGGCAUGAACACCCCUGAGACAGUGGCGCCUAGGCAGAAGCAAGGUGCUCCGCCGGAUUGCUACGGGCCAGAAGCCUCCGCUCUGACGAAGAAACUGCUUCCGCCUGGUACCAAAGUGAGGCUAGAGCUUGAUGAAGAGCAGGUGGACAAGUACGGGCGCCAGCUGGUCUACUUAUAUAGGUCCCAGGACCAGCUCUUCAUCAACGCGGAGUUGCUGCGGCAGGGCGCGGCCCGGCGGUACCGGGUGCCGCCCAACGUGAAGAACGACCCCGCCUUUGUGCAGCUGGAGAAAGAUGCAAAGGCUGGCAACAAAGGCCUCUGGGGCGCUUGCUCCUCGAGCGCCGACAAUGCCGUGCCGAAGGCCCGGCCGGAGAGGAAGACCUGCAAGGAUUUCGCGAGUUACGAAGAGGCGAAGGCGUGGUUUGACAAGUACUUCCCGGAGUACGGGGACUUCGCCUCGCUGGACGGGGACAAAGACGGGAAGCCGUGUGAGAAGCUGCUGAAAGUGAAAGCCAAGUGA